UUUACAAUGAACCUUUCAGCCAUGGUUUUCUGUAUCAAGUUGACCUCAGUUAUGAAUCUAACAUCAUUCAUUUCAGUGUUGUUUUAUUAACUGAUUUCGUGUUGCAUGUCUUAUAAAUGAGUUCUGGGUCAUAUGAGCUUCAGUAGCUUGUUUGGCCAGCCCAGGGCGCCAUGUCUUGGAGCCGCUCCACACACUGGAGAUGCUGGUUGUACUUUACGGAAUGGCGCUGCUAGCACAGCACUUCGACACUCAUUGCUGAAUUCUUAACGGUAAUGUAUUAUUCUUACACUAACGGUCUUUGGGUGAGGUAACCUAUGAAAGUUCUUGAUCAUGACCACCAAGUCGUCUUUGUUAAAGGUGAUUCUCCUGGGGGAUGGUGGUGUGGGAAAGUCCUCCCUCAUGAACCGGUAUGUCUCCAACAAGUUUGAUUCACAUCUAUUCCACACAAUCGGUGUAGAGUUCUUAAACAAAGAGCUGGAGGUGGAUGGUCACACAGUCACUCUACAGAUUUGGGACACAGCUGGCCAGGAGAGGUUCAGAAGUCUCCGAACACCCUUUUAUCGUGGCUCCGACUGCUGUCUGCUUACGUUUAGUGUGGAUGAUAAUCAAAGUUUCUUGAACCUCAACAACUGGAAGAAAGAGUUUGCAUACUACGCAGAUGUCAGGGACCCAGAGAAAUUUCCGUUUGUUGUUCUAGGGAACAAACUAGAUGUGGCAGAGCGUCAGGUGUCAAUAGAGGAAGCUCAAAGGUGGUGUCAAGAGAAUGGUGGAUAUCCAUACUUUGAAACAAGCGCAAAGGAUGCCACUAAUGUCUCAUCUGCGUUUGAGGAAGCAGUUAGACGUGUGCUGUCAUCUGAAGAUCGCGCAGAACACCUGCUGCCCACAGACACUGUUGACCUGCGCAGAAAACCACGGGCGAACGGCUCAUGCUGUUGAAACACUCCUUAUGUGUUAGCAAAAAAAUGCAUACUCCAUGCCAGAAAAACCUCCUAAUUUCCUAAUUUUUGUUAUUGCAGAGUUAAAACAUCUCAAACUCUUGUCUUGCUCUGAACAAUGAACAUAAUUGAAGAGUCUCUCAGAAUUACAUGCCUUGUAUAAACUUUAAAAUAAUCUCUUUGGAUCACAUUCCUAUUCCUGUGUUCUUUAGGUUGCCUAUUUUAUGAUUGUUGGUAAACCAAACAGGGAUCAUUGAGAUCCUUUAGCUUCAGCACUCACACUAGUUCUAAUGCUGUUUACAGUUGAGAAAUAAACAUCGGCUGUUACACUCAUGAACACUAGAACAUAUUCAAAUGUGUUUUGUCUCAUUUUCUGAGUGUACAAGUUGUGUUACUUUAAGUGCCUUUAGCACAGGUUUGUUUGUUUGUCUUAUUUAACAAUCUUGUGUGAUAAGACAUCUUGGAAUGUCUUUGAGUCAUGAAGUGCGAUUUUGUAGCAUAUUUGUAAAUAUAUUUUGUAUUAAUUACCACUCUCAUUUCAACGGGCUUUGGGUCCCUCAUUGAUACUCUUAAUUUAUCAGAGCUAACAAUUUAUUUUUUGAAUAUGCUAGAAUAUAAAAGCAGAGUACUGAAAUGAUAGCAUUCUAAGACAUUCAACGGUGAAUUUUAUUUUACAUAGUUUCUGUGUCACAAAUGAUUCUCAUAAUAAUCCUGCAUGCUAAUCCAAGUUUGCUAUAUUUGUGUGUAUUCAUAAAUAUUUAAUUGAAAUAAUGCUGAAUUAAAAGUAUUUGAUAAUUGAU